UGACUGAAUGUUAUCUUAAUAGACGUUUGCUAAAAUUUAAUGACAAGGCUUUAAUUGUACUUAUCUGUAGCAAUAAAUAAGCGUACAGCUGAAUUAUAUAAUUAUUCCAAAAACAUAACUUUGUUGUAUUUGCACUAUGGCAUUGUUGUGUGCGAUGAUGACAUAUGAAGCAGAAAAAAAUCCAAAAACUCUCAUAUGGCAACACCUUGUAAUCAGCGAAAUACUAACCAAGGGCAGAAAUACAACUCUGCUUUUGUUUUUGCUAAACGGCGCUUGAGACGCCAACGUCGACGCAGAGAAAGCAACAACAAAGAGUACUGCGUCGGCAGACCUCCACAAUUCAAUGGCUGUGUUUUUAUUUUAAUGGAUUUGACAAAAAACACACAGCCAUAUCACACACAGAUAAACGCGAACGAUACACACCAAAAGCCGCAAUUUGGAAAGCAUUUUUGGAUUAGUUCAAGCAAAAACACACACAGUGCAAUAAAAGUGAAAUUUUUUCCACAUCUAUUUCAAGUUUUCACCAAAGAAUCUGACGCACCCGAUUUUUGUUGGUAGUUUGGUGUUUGGAGAAAACUAAAACUGUCUGGUUGCGCACGCGCUAUUCUCUUUUAUCGCCAACAAAUAACAGCUGAUCGAUCAUUGUAAAUAUAGAACGAGAACGAACAAGGCAUUGUCGUCAUUAUCUUCAUUAUUGGCUGUCAAUAAAAUCUCGAAGGAGAAAGGCAGAAACGCAGCACCACGAGAAAGGGAUUCUCAACAAAAACCAGCAACAGUGGCAGCAACUAAAACCCCAUCAACCAACCAGCGAGACCAUACAACUAACCAAAGGGGGUAAUUUCAAAGUUAGGAAGAUUGAAGAGAUACAAUGGCUUCUGAAGCAUCAUCAUACGCUUCAUCAUGCUUACAAUCAAAUAAGGCACCAAAGGAAUUGUUGGAGCUGUUGGAUGCUUUAAGGCAAGCAGUACAACAUCAGCACCCUCAACAUUUGCAAGGCCCCAGUAUCAGUUUGGGUAAUCCGCAAGGAAUGUUGGAGCUGCAGCAGCAGCAGCAGCAACAAGAGCAACUCCGUCGGCAGCAAACACUUCAGCAUGGGAAAAAACCUCGCAUGGAACUGAGCCAAAUUGAGUUGAUCUAUCGUGCUGAGGGUAAUGCAAAUUUGGUGCUUGCAUUACCGCAAUUUAAAAAAGUUUUACGUUUGCCAAAAAUUCAACUAAAAUGUCAACAACAACAACAACAUCCAUCUGAACAUGGACAGUCACAACUGCAACUGCAACAUAUAGCUGGCCAGCAACAACAUCAAGAGAACCCAUUUGGCCCAAAAUAUCCUGAGCCAAACAAACAACAAUGCCAGAAACAGGAGCUGGAACAGCAACAGCAGGAACAAGAAGAACAGCCUGCAUUGAAACAGCAGGAGCCAACAAACAUGACUUUAACUACCAUCAGCCAACAGCAAUUCCAAACGAACGCUGUUGGAAUCUUGACAAUGGACCAUUAUGUGGCUUAUAUUGGUAUCAUACGCUGUCUUCUGGGAAAUGAGUUUGUAUUCGAAGCGGAUAUUGUUGCAGUGCCAAAUCCCAAUGACAGGGAAUGGAUAAAUGAGCACAUUAGGCCUUUCAGGCCAGCUAAUCGUUUGGAUAAAGAAUUUGGUGGCCAUUACGGUUUGCUACUGCCAGAUGCUACUCAAUUGCCAACAGAGUUCGAUAUUUUAUUUUCCAAUUUACAGCCAUUGGCAACAGAAGCAUCAUCACAACAAAGUCGGCGCUUUUGCACGGAUGCUGAUGGCACUGUCACUGAUUCGAGUAGUGACGCUGCCAACGACAAUAUUUUCCUGGAAGAUACAUAUGCCAUUGAAAUAAAACCCAAACAAGGAUGGCUGUUGCCAAACGAUGUUAACAAUUUAUUUGAUAUAAAACCUCCAGCAGCAACAACAACAGAAACACAUCCUACGCAAACAGAGACAACAGUGGCAGCUAAGAGGGAAACUCCAACACCUACACCAUUACCACCGCAGACAAGGCCAGAAUCUGUGGGGACUUUGGAAACAUCAGGGUACAAAGAGUAUUUUACUACCACUCAAAAUGAAGCUUCCUUAACAACAACAGCAACAACAACAGCAGCAGGCAAAACAUCGCCAACACCAGUGGUUGGUAAGGUAGCAACAGUAACAAAGCCAUCAACAGCGGCACCACCAGCAACACCACCUUACGACAAAGCAGACCAUCCUAUCCUACACGACGAGGUGGAUAUCAGGUGUCGCUAUUGCAGCAUGCAGUUUCUAAAGUUUAAACAAGGAAAAAUUAAUCAGCGCAGCAAUUACUGCCCCCUGGAUUUGUUCUCUGGUGUGCCAGAUCGUAUGUGGAAUGCUUUGCAUGCACUUUUCAUGUGUCCCCAGAAUAAUUUACGUAUCUUCAAGAAUGGCAUCGUUGUGUUCGAUGACCAACUUAGCCGCUUGUCCAAAAUUGAAGAUUUAUUUCCGAGUGAAAAACUGCAGCUUAUAAAGCAUCUGUUGGUGACAAGUCUGUUAAAGGACUAUGGCGAAAAGGAGCAAAGCAUGCAAAGGCAAAUUGCAAAUAAAGAGGCUAUUGUUUAUGGAAAAGAUGAAAUGUCAAAGGCCCACAAGGAGGUCAAGGCAAGCGCCGCUGAUGAAAAGAGUGAUUCUUCCAUUCAAACUCAUGGUACCCAAAGGCGAUGUGUGGAUGGUAAACCUCAUAUUCAUGUGAUGCCAAGCAAAGAACAAAAAGUCAACAUUAGUAAGGUAACCAAAGCUCCCAUGGCAAUGGCAACGGCAACGACGACGACGACGCCGGAAACGGAAGCGGAAUUGGUUGUAACAAAAGUUAAUACAACUUUCACUAAUGCUGCUAACACCAUGAAAUCUUCUCACCCUACGGCAACCACUGCAUCAAACAUUCUUGUUAGACCUCUAAGAGGGGAUCACUCAUCCCUGCCACAUGGUUCUUCGUAUUGUUGUACUGCAUCCUUUGGCACUGAUGUCUCUGUAGGACAAAUGCUUGCACCGGAAAUGCUAAACUUACCAAAAAAUUGUGUGUUGCAAAAAAUUUUACAUUUACAGUUGUUGGCCAAGCUCCAUUUUUCACACAUGCUUGAGCAUAACUACCAAAACAAAAAGGAAAAGUCUUAUGGGUUUUUAAAAGAGCUCCUAAUGAAAUUGGACCCUGGAAAGCAAAAGAAAUUGGAAUUUUCCCAAUUGAGUCCCGAAGAACAAUACCUAUUGUCAGCCACUGCCAUGGAUUGCUCCAUAAUGAUAACAUUUCGUCAAGUCUCUACUCCCGAGAAAUUGGAAAGUCCUCAUAUUAUUUGUGUGAAUGACCAAUAUUUCGUUAGUAAAAUCACUUUAUUAGAUUUGGAUCCUAAGCCGGAUUCUCAUUUUGCCAAAUAUGUAAAACAAACAAAGGAAAUUAUGCAAGCCAUGCCUUAGAAUGUGAAUACUUUAAAUUUAUGCCUUCUUUGAGUUUUAUUCCAUUUUUAAACCCUAAUUUGCAUAAUCGUAA